AAAGAAAUUAAACAAGUUCAGGUUAGCUUUUUGGUUGUGUUUGAUAUCUAACUGCAAAGUAGUCACUAUUUUAGCAAAAUAAAGUGGAAAUACCCUAUAUGAAACACUUCUUGUAUAAUUUUAAAGAAAUAACUUGAAAUGCCAUUCAGGCAUGUUGUUUUGAGUCAUGCAAAGGAUCAAAAAAUUGCUAAUCAAAAUAGAAGAUAUGAAUUGGAAAGAGAUGAAACUCUUCGUCAUUUGCAGCAGGACAAAAUUAUCCAAGCAAAUAUGGAAAGUGAGGACCUAAUAGAAGAACGAAGAAAUUUAAGGAAUGCUCAAAGAAUUCUUAUGGAGCAAGAAAAGGAGGAAUCCAUUAGAAAUGCAGAAAUUCAGAAAGUGCUGAGAGAACAACAAAAAGAACAAGAAGAAAGAUUAGCCAAGGAAUUGCAAGCAAUAAAGUUAGAAAAAUUAAGAAAUGAAAAAUUAAAACAGAAGUACCGUGUUAACAGUUUAGAGCUACGCGAAUUAGAAGCUAAACUGCGUGCAGGAUACAUGAACAAAGAAAGAGCAGCUCAACUUGCUGAAAAGCAAGCUUUACAGAUAAGCUUAGCACAAAGAGAAUCUGAAACAGCUAAAGAGAUGCUAGAGGAUUAUGAACGUGCUAUAAAACAUGACCAAAUAAAAGAACGUGAACGUUGGGAAAAAAGUGUUCAGUAUCAAGAACAACUGGAAAGUCAGCUACAAGAACAAGAACAAACUAAACAAAAGCAAUAUGAAGAGUUUUUAAGAGAGAAGCACAUGAUUGAUGAGAUUGUAAGAAAGAUUUAUGAGGAAGAUCAAAGAGAAAUGGAAGCACGAUUAUUAAAGCAAAAAGAAAAUAGGGAGCUUAUUGAAGAUUUUAUUAAGAAACGAGAACAGUGGAAGUUGCAAGAGCGCUUGAAUGUGGAAGAAGAAAAUGAAAGAAUUAUGAGGUUUGUUAAAGAGAUUCAACAUCGUGAAAAAGAAAGAACAUUAGAACGAAAAAAGAAAGAACAAGCAAUAAUUGAAGUUCAAAAACUUCUUUCUGAAAAAUUAGCUGUAGAAUUACGUGAAAAAGAAGAAACAGAAAGAAUCCGUACAGAGCUUUACUUUGAAGAACAAGAAGAGAUUGAUCGUCAAAAAGAAAUGUUACUGGUAGAAAAACGAAUUCGCGAUCGAUUAGAAUUACAAGAAACAAUUAGAGAACAACUUAAUUUAAGAGAGCGAAAAAAAGCUGCAGAAAAAGAAGAAGAAGAAGAGUUUCGCCUAAAGAUGCUGCAAAAAUUUUCAGAAGAUGACCGUAUCGAUCAAAUGAAUGCACAAAAAAGAAGAUUGAAACAACAAGAACAUAAACGUGCUGUUGAAAAACUUAUUGAAGAAAGAAGAAUUUAUCAGCAACAAGAUAAGCAACGUGCACUUGAAGAACAAAAAGAAAUUGAACUUAUUGAAUCUCACCGAAUGCAAAUUAUUGAAGAAGAAAGACAACGCCUAUUGCAAGAACAUGCCAGUAAACUUGUUGGAUUUUUGCCAAAGGGCGUUCUUCGUGAUGCUAACGAUCUUCAAUUGUUUGACGAACGAUUUCAACAAAUAUAUUCAAAAAGAAAAUCAGAUAUUUUUGACUAAACACUAUCGUGAUAUUAUAUACUUGUGUGUAUACAUUAUAUACUUGUGUGUCUUGAUAUACAUACUUGUGUGUAUAUAUUAUAUACUUGUUUGUCUUAAUAUAUUGAUACUUGUGUGUAUUGAUUUGUUAAGUGUUUGUGUGUUAAAAAGAGUAUUUUAUUUUAUAUUAAAAAUAAGUGAGUACACUGUUUUAUUAUAUUAUCUAGAAAUAGUUUUAUUGUAUUAAAUAA